UGGUCCCUGGUCACCAGGCGUAUUAUGGGCAACAAGGUCACCAUACUGGAGAUCUGGGUGUUCAUGCUUGGUUCCAACGUGGUGAUCGCGUUCCUCACGUGGUACCUCCCCCAGAUCCUGCCGUGGUGUGUGGACAACCCGCGGAGCCCAAUAUUCUUUCUCACGAAGGAAUACUGGAGAGGUGACGCAGGACAAACAGAGGCCGAUGCAAGGCCCCUCCAGAGAGACCCAACCCGUUUCGAAGAGCUGCCGCCAGACGUGCGACCGAUAAUUCUUACCAGAGACCUCAAAAAGGUGAGAAACUUCCCAUAGUGACCGGUGCUCGGAAAAUAUGAAAACGCAGCGAUUGCCGACGUACUUUCAACUCGUAGAACAAGGCAGUGGCGUAAACUCCUCUAUGAGGCAUUAACGGCAGUGGCUCAACGUGAUUCCUAGUGUAGACAAGUUUUUGUGCAAUAGCAAUUAUCCGGGAACGUCAGGCGCGUUAACCACCGUCACUGUCUUUGAUUUAUGAGUUUCUCGGGUUGAGAAAUACCUAGUGAAAGAUUUUAUAAUUUGUUUUUUUUUUUCGUGGACAGGUACUUGGAACAGUUUCUGUCUUGGACGGCGUGGACCUGGUAGUGUACGAACGCAAGGUGACCGUUCUGCUGGGUCAAAAUGGCAUGGGAAAGACGACCCUUUUGAGGAUCCUGACAGGCGCACUAGGGGGGCCGACGAGUGGCAGAGUGAUGGUGUGCGGCCGCAGUGUGCGCACCAGCCCAGAGUUGGUGCGCAGGGAGGUCACACUGUGCCAGCAGUCUGACGUCUUUUUCGAGGACAUGACAUGCGGGGAGAAUGCCAUUUACUUCGCCACCCUCCAGGAUACCAGCGGCGGUGAUGUGGAGCAAGCCACGGCGAGCAUGCUGGAGAAACUGGGCUUGAAACACGUAGGAUCCAAGAUGCCAGAAGAGAUUUCUUGCGGAACGGCUCGAAUGCUGAGCCUAGCCAUUGCCAUCGCUUCGAAGCCCAAGCUUCUAAUGCUUGACGAGCCCUGCUCGGGGCUGGACCCAGUUACUCGUCGGCAAAUCUGGGACCUGCUGCAGCAGAUUGCGAGAGACAGAACAGUUCUGCUGUCCUCGCACGACAUGGAUGAGGCCGACGCCGUGGCUGACCAGAUCAUCAUACUGGCCGCAGGAAAGGUCAUUUGCAGCGGUUCGACUACGUUCCUCAAGAAAGCUUGCGGUGUUGGAUACAGGGUGACCCUCCUUAAAGAUCCCCGGCUAUUCAACCUGAAGGACGCGCUCGCCACUAUUCAGAGCGUCAUCCCCGGCGCUGACGUGCACGAUGACAAUCAAAGUGCCGUGACGAUUAGACUGCACACGCUCGACCAUCACGGAUUUGCGGGUCUGUUCGAGAGGCUGGAAAGCUCGUCGAAGCAGCUUGGCGUCUUGGACAUUGGUGUCACUGUCGCCACCAUGAAAUACGUCUACACUAAGUAA